AAAAUCUUCUCAUUUCUCUCACUCUCUGUGUUCCUCACUAUAAUUGCAGUUCUUAUUAACCUCCUUCAAUACUAUUCCCUUUCCUUGUCUUUCAAUCCAAGUUUGUUUUGAUCAAAUCAUUGCUAAUCCUUUGAAUUUUACUGUCCUCUAAUGAUGAUAUUUUGGGUCUAGGAGUGGAGUUGGUUCAACCAUAAUAAAUACAUGCAACAACAGUGAGUUCAUGCUCUUCUUGUUUUUACUUCUUCAGAUCCGAGGGACUAAGACAAACACCUUCUUUUGGAGGAAGGGGGAGAGAUGUUAUCAUCAAUGGCAGCCGCAAAAGGGCCUCAAGCAUGUUCAAUGCUGUUCAUGUUCUGGUUCUUGGUCUUGAAUUCUCGCAUGUUGCAUGCUGACAAUCAGGAACUUGAGCUUCUCUUGUCUUUCAAAUCUUCCCUAAAUGACCCUUUGAAGUAUCUCUCAAACUGGAACCCCUCUGCCACUUUUUGCAAGUGGCAAGGUAUCACUUGCACCAACUCCUCUCGCAUUACUGUGAUUGAGCUCUCAGGGAAAAACAUCUCUGGCAAGAUUUCCUCUUCAAUCUUUCAGUUGCCAUAUAUUCAAACUAUUGAUCUCUCAAGCAAUCAGCUUUCUGGUAAACUUCCUGAUGAUAUAUUCUCUAGCUCCUCACUUAGGUUCCUCAAUCUUAGCAACAAUAAUUUCACUGGCCCAAUACCAAAUGGCUCAAUAUUUCUCCUGGAAACAUUGGAUCUAUCCAAUAAUAUGCUGUCCGGGAAAAUUCCUCAAGAAAUAGGAUCCUUUUCGAGUCUUAAAUUUCUUGAUCUUGGUGGCAAUGUUUUGGUGGGCAAAAUUCCUCUCUCAGUAACAAACUUGACGAGUUUGGAAGUCUUGACUUUGGCUUCUAACCAAUUAGUUGGCCAAAUUCCAAGUGAAUUAGGCCAAAUGAGAAGCUUGAAGUGGAUUUACUUGGGCUAUAACAAUCUUUCUGGUGAAAUUCCAAUAGAACUAGGCCAGUUAACUUCUUUGAAUCAUCUUGAUCUUGUCUACAACAAUCUCACUGGACAAAUCCCAUCAUCUCUAGGAAACCUCAGUAAUCUUCAGUACCUCUUUCUCUACCAAAACAUGCUUGCUGGUCCGAUUCCUAAAUCCAUUUUUGGUCUCACGAAGUUGAUUUCACUUGAUCUUAGUGAUAAUUCUCUAUCCGGUGAGAUCCCAGAACUCAUAAUUAAGUUGAAAAAUUUGGAGAUUCUUCAUCUUUUCUCCAACAACUUCACUGGGAAAAUCCCUGUUGCUUUGAGCUCCUUGCCUCGUCUUCAAAUCCUUCAACUUUGGUCUAACAAGUUGUCUGGUGAGAUUCCAAAAGAUCUUGGAAAGCGAAACAAUCUCACUGUACUAGACCUUUCCAGCAAUUCUCUCACUGGAAGAAUACCAGAAGGCCUGUGCAGUUCUGGCAAUCUCUUUAAGCUCAUUCUCUUCUCCAAUUCACUUGAAGAUGAAAUCCCAAAGAGUUUGAGUACUUGCAACAGCUUGCGGCGUGUACGUCUCCAAGAUAACAGCUUGUCUGGUGAAUUAUCAUCAGAAUUCACCAAACUUCCACUUGUGUACUUCUUGGAUAUCUCUUCCAACAAUCUUUCAGGCAGGAUUGACUCUAGAAAAUGGGAGAUGCCUUCACUUCAAAUGCUGAGUUUGGCAAGAAACAGUUUUUUGGGGGGCUUGCCAGACUCAUUCGGCAGCGAGAAUCUUGAGAAUUUAGACCUGUCUCAAAAUCUGUUCUCGGGUGCUAUUCCACGUAAGUUUGGCAGCUUGUCAGAGAUAAUGCAGCUGAGGCUAAGCAAAAACAAGAUCUCUGGUGAAAUCCCAGACGAGCUGUCUUCAUGCGAAAAGCUUGUGAGUCUAGACCUUAGUCACAACAAGCUCAGUGGCCAAAUCCCUGCUAGUUUCUCUGAAAUGCCAGUUCUUGGUCUGCUUGAUUUGUCACACAAUGAACUAUCCGGCAAAAUACCAGCCAAUUUGGGAAGAGUAGAAUCGCUUGUUCAAGUAAACAUCUCUCACAAUCAUUUUCAUGGUAGUUUACCCUCCACAGGAGCAUUUCUUGCCAUAAAUGCAAGUGCUAUUGCCGGUAAUGAUCUUUGUGGCGGUGAUAAGACUAGCGGCUUGCCUCCAUGCAGAAGGGUCAAGAGUCCUAUGUGGUGGUUUUAUGUUGCAUGUAGUCUUGGUGCUCUAGUGCUGCUUGCUCUUGUUGCUUUUGGAUUUGUUUUCAUUCGAGGGCAAAGGAAUUUGGAGCUAAAAAGAGUCGAAAACGAAGACGGGACAUGGGAGUUGCAAUUCUUCAAUUCUAAGGUAUCAAAAUCAAUAGCAAUUGAUGAUAUUUUAUUGUCCAUGAAAGAAGAAAAUUUGAUUUCUAGAGGCAAGAAAGGAGCUUCAUACAAAGGGAAGUCCAUCACAAACGACAUGGAAUUCAUCGUAAAGAAAAUGAACGAUGUGAACUCAAUUCCGCUGUCCGAAAUUUCUGAACUUGGAAAGCUCCAGCAUCCAAACAUUGUCAACUUAUUUGGAUUAUGUCAGUCCAAUAAGGUUGCAUAUGUAAUAUAUGAGUACAUCGAAGGAAAAAGUUUGAGUGAAGUUCUUCUGAACCUAAGUUGGGAACGACGGCGAAAAAUUGCAAUCGGGAUCGCAAAAGCUCUCCGGUUCCUGCAUUGUUAUUGUUCGCCGAGUGUUCUUGCUGGUUACAUGUCACCGGAGAAAAUUAUCAUUGAUGGAAAAGAUGAGCCUCGUCUCAUAUUAAGCCUUCCCAGCCUGCUUUGCAUCGAAACCACCAAGUGCUUCAUUUCUUCAGCCUAUGUCGCCCCAGAAACCAGAGAAACCAAGGACAUCACUGAAAAGAGUGACAUGUAUGGAUUUGGCCUCAUCCUUAUCGAAUUAUUAACCGGAAAAGGCCCGGCAGAUGCUGAAUUUGGCGGGCAUGAGAGCAUCGUCGAGUGGGCGCGGUAUUGCUACUCGGAUUGUCAUCUAGAUAUGUGGAUCGAUCCAAUGAUAAGUGGGAAUGCAUCGAUUAAUCAGAAUGAGUUGAUCGAAACGAUGAAUUUGGCUCUACAAUGCACAGCUACCGAGCCCACAGCACGACCAUGUGCAAAUGAAGUAUCCAAAACCCUAGAGUCUGCUUUAAGGAAAAGUUCUUGUGUACUAGGCCUAAAGUUUUCUUCCCUUUUUUAGUAUUUUAAUUAUCUCCUGAUUAAUUUUUGCUCAGGUUUCUUUCUUCUUCUUUUUGGGAUUUCUAAUAUGAUUGUUACUCAUAUGUUUUGUUUGAUGGUACGUAUGUUUGACAUUACAUACUAGUACUACUGAGAGUGUAAAAAUGUAGAUAGUAAAUGCCAUGAAUUAUAACCUCUCUAUAAAGAAAGAGUCGUUUUAUUUUCUUGCCUAGGGCAACUAAUAAAGUGUAUAUAUAUCCUUCCAUUUCAA